AUUAACAUUAAUUCUAGUGCAAACCAACUGGGUUAACACUUUCUUAAAAUAUCCAGAAGCACUGCAUGUCACACAUACAGAACAAACCCGAAACAGCCCAAAAUAAUUCUGAAACAUAUCUUAGAUACUUUUUGUAUCAAAUUGGAAAAUUAUUUCAAUUUGUUAUUCUAUGCAACUAUUGGCAAAGCAUAAAUAUUCUUUAUUAUGAUAAACACAAAAUGACAACACAGGAGGCAGACCACAAAGAAGAUGAAAAUUCAUCAAGAAUUAUGCAUAAUAUCAAAAAGUGUUAUAAAAAAGUAAAGACAGUGACAGGAGUCGUUGGUGGACACGUAAUAAGCAUUUUCACACUGGGAGAAGAGAGUGUGCUGAGAAGUGUUUUUAUGUGUACAAGUGUUCAGGUUAAAAAUGAACAAUCUCCUGACAAUAAAGAUUCAAAUGCAGAAUCAGAUCAGGUCACAGGGUUACAUAAGACACAAAAGGGUCUACACAAUACAGAGACUUCAAAGGGGUCUUCUGCCUUCACAAGUAUAGACGGAGAUGCCGACAAAGAUGAAAAUCUCUGUAUUGCCAAACACCUGAAUACCAAAAAUCAGAUAGAAUCCAAGGAGGAAAUCGAGUACAAAAAAACUUUAGACUAUACCACACUGCUUGUGUAUAACAAAAUCAAGACAGACAAGGAAAAGCAGGAAAUACUUUCUCUUGCCAAGCGCUUUAUAACAAAUAUCAUUGGAGUAAUUAAGCACACAUCAUCUAUGAAGGACAUUUCAUACACUUCAAUUAUUCUUUUAUUCUAUCUAAAAAAACAUAAAUAUACGCUAUCUACAAAGGCUGCAGAGUAUGAGGCCGAGUUCCACAGAAAGUUGACAGAAAUCUCUGGAGACUCUAUAGCCUUGACCAGCGAGGUUGCGCAGUGUUUUAUUUCAAUGGGACUUAACCCAACUUCCUUGAUAAACACCGCUGCAUUAAUGGACUGUGGCUUUAAGAAGAUGUAUACUCAGCUGCACGAUGAAACCAGUGCUAUGGCUUUACGUGCAGACAAGGGGUGCUUAACCACAAAGCGUAGUAUUGUUCUCUUAUAUGGUGUUUUAAGAGAAAUAAAAGCCAUAACAAACAAUCUUUUGACCGGCUUACUGCAGGGAAUUUGUUUUAAGAAGGAGAAAAACAGUAAAAUGAAAAAUGUGCUGUCUUUCCCAAACAAAGAAUACGUAAAAGAAACUUCCCACUUUGCACACAGCAUUCAUCUGAUGUCUAGCACCGCACAGUGCAGCAAGACAGAUGAUUCUGCCAAAAGUAGAAAAAAGGUUUCCUUGGUAGAAAAGAAAAACAAUUGCGCCAAUGAGCUAGAGGAUAAAACUCGUGCAGAUUCUAAAUUAGAAUUAACCCAAUCUAAAAUAGAAACAGCACGCCCAAGAAAACCAAUUAGCUCUGAGACAGUCCCAAGUGCAUCAGAUAAGAGGAUUCUUUCCCCAAGCGAGCUCAACAUGAAUCUGAUUAAUGAGCUAAAGAACAGUGCCCUAUACAAAAAACAGAAGGAUAUAUACAUACAAGCAAAUGACUUCUCAUCUAUUCCUCUGGAAAAAAACAGUGUACUAGUCACAGAGCCACCGGUAAACCAUACAGUCAUGGCACAUAUUCACACACAGCAUACAAACACAUUUAAUCUGUACAAAUACUCCCAUGUGAACUCUAAAAACACAGAUCAAUGCUAAUUACUGCGAGGAAUAAACA